AUGAAUGGACCGAACGGAGUGGCCAACGGCACAUUGCCUUCUGUCCUUCAAACGGACUACCUCAUCGUGGGCACGGGCCCUGCAGGUGCAUCUUUGGCAGCAUUUAUGGCAUCGUAUGGGAUGAAAGGCCUCAUUGUCAGCCAGGACUCGAGCAAUGCUGACACCCCGAGAGCUCACAUUACGAAUAUGGCCGCAAUCGACUGCCUCCGGGAUAUUGGGCUUGAUGUUGAGUGCUACAAGGCCGGGACAAAGAAUGAUACCAUGGUGCAUACCCGCUGGUCCAACACUAUGGCCGGACAGGAAUAUGGCCGUAUUUACUCUUGGGGAAACGACCCGAAACGAAAGGGGGACUAUGAGCUCGCAAGUCCUUCCGAGAUGUUGGAUCUUCCUCAGACGUUGAUGGAGCCCUUGCUGAUGCGAUAUGCGACUCUGAACGGCUUCAAAUGUCGAUGGGACACCGAAUUCGUAUCAUUCGAGCAGGACGAGAAGGGGGUAACCACGACCUUUCUGGAUAGGAUCUCCCAGACGACUUUCCAGGUUCGCUCCAAGUAUCUCUUCGGCGCAGAUGGUGCACGCAGCAAGAUCGUACGGCAAGCUCAGAUCCCCUUGAUACGACGCCCCGGACAAGGGUUCGCGGUCAACGUGCUGAUGCACGCAGACAUGUCGCAUCUCAUGGAGCACCGUAAAGGCAACUUGCACUGGAUCCUGCAGCCGAACCUCGAGACUCCAGAGUGGGGAUGGAUCGGGUGCAUGAGAAUGGUCAAGCCAUGGUACGAAUGGUUGUGUAUCAUCUUCACGACCCCCGACGCGCCGAGGGAAGUGAGGUCUGAAGAAGAAUACGUAAAGCGUAUUCGCGAAAUGAUCGGGGACGAUUCAGUCGAGGUCAAAGUCUUGGGCGUGUCCACCUGGGCCAUCAACGAAACUGCUGCCGAGUACUACACAAAGGGCAAUGUUUUCUGCCUCGGAGAUGCGGUCCACCGGCAUCCGCCUAACCACGGGUUGGGGUCGAACACCUGCAUUCAAGACGCACACAACCUUGCGUGGAAGAUCAACUUUGUGGAGAAAGGCCUCGCUGGGAGAGAACUACUAGACACGUAUAGCGUGGAGCGUCAACCAGUUGGGCUGGAUGUUGUCACGCAGGCAAAUGCGUCUUUGAGAAACCACAAGAAUAUCUGGGAAGUGCUCGGCAAUCUAGAACCUACUGUGGAAGAGCGUAUGAAAGCCCACGCCGAGAUCUACGCCGACUCACCAGAAGGACACACCCGCCGCGAAAGGCUUUCCAAAGCACUUAGAGCAAUCGACAGAGAAGAGCACGGCCUGGGCAUCGAGAUGAAUCAGCGCUAUGUCUCGUCCGCUGUUUACCAGGCCGACCAAGGCGCGAUGCCCGUCUUCUCCAGAGAUCCGUUGGAGCACUACCACGCCACCACGUAUCCCGGUGCUCGUCUGCCGCACGCCUGGUUGUGCAAUCAUAUCCCCUCCAAGUACAUCUCUACCAUUGACCUAGCUGGAAAGGGGCAUUUCACUAUUUUCACUGGCAUUGGCGGUCAGCACUGGAAAGCGACGGCCGAACAGCUUUCUGCGGAGCUCGGCGUGCCAAUCAGGGUCUACUCUAUUGGGUACGGACAGGACUACAAGGACGUGUAUCUUGAUUGGGAGGGUAUCAGAGGAGUUGGAGACUCUGGAUGCGUGCUCGUGCGGCCCGACUACUUUGUCGCAUGGAGAUGCCCGAGCUGGGGAGAGGAGGCACCUUCGAAACUGAAGCACGUACUGAAAUCUGUGCUAUCACUUCACUGA